CUAAAGCCGAUAAACAAAUUAUGAGUAUUGGUGAUACAGAUUGUUUAGUCAAAUCUGACUUUGAAGUUAAUUACAAUAAACAGUAUUUAGAUACACCAAAAGAAGUUACUGAUAGGAAUAUAAUAAUUAAUAUUCUCAUGAUGGAUUAUGCCAGUCAUCAAAGUUAUACUUUUGUAAUCAAGGCUAUAUUUCCAAAUAAUAAUAGCCAGUUUAAGUAUUUAAAUAAUUUUGUUUGGUCAGAUAAAUCUGUAUUAUUUGUUGUAGGAUGGAUAGAGAUUAUACAAGAAAAGUUAUAUAUGUAUACUAUUAAUAUUUCUUUUAUUAAUGUUAGUUCAGCAGUUAAGAGAAAAGUUUUUAAUCUGAAAAGUUCUCAAUCCACACUAGCAUCAUAUAGAUCAAUUCAAUCUAGAUUUUUAACUAUUCAUCAAAAUACUACUAAAGAGACAGUUAAAGAUGCUAAGAUUGGGAGUUCAAAUCAAUGUAAUAAGAUGAGUAGACCAAUGAUAGAUUCGACUAUUACAGAUUUUUACUCAAAUAAAUAUGUAAAGAUAGAUGAUAAAAAAGUCGAUCAUAUUGAACAUAUUGAUUUUUAUAAUAAAAGACUAUUUACAGAUAAUUACAAUAAAGAAGGUAUGAAUAAAAGAGCUGAAUGUGAAAGAAAUACUGUUCUUAAUAAUGAAAUAAUGAAGCAUAGCUAUGAGUGA